AUGCAGCAAGUGUUAAUUCUAUUUGGUUUUACUUUACAGAUGCAACGUUUUCAACAACUUUCCUUUCCAGCCAAAAAAAGCAAAAGAAUAAGGAGCGCUUUCACUACUGAGCAAAUAAAUUAUUUAGAAAAUGAAUUCAAGAAAUCCCAUUACAUAAGUGCUGUACAACGUAAAGAAAUAGCAAAUAUAGUAAAUGUACCAGAGAAGGUAAUAAAGAUUUGGUUCCAAAACAGAAGAAUGAAGGAAAAGAAAGAGUUAUGUCUCAUUGACAACUAUGAAGAAGAUGAAAGUUCACAGAACAUACCAUUUGUUCAAGAUCCAUCGAGCUACGCCAGUACAUCAACACAGGACGCGUCCGUUUCAUUGCCAUUAAUGAGUAAUACUGUGGAAACUAUUCCACAACCUGGUACUAGUAAACAAAUUGAUGAUCUCAACAAAUCGUAUGAUAAAGAUAACGAAGAACAAUUUUUGAUUACAAAUGAAGGCUCUACUCUAUUCCCCUAUUAUAUUGAUUUAUCUAAAAAAAACGAACAUAUCAAACAAAACUAUCCAGAAAAAGCAAACAUGAAAGCAACUGGAAAUAUAACAAAAUCAAUCAACCAUAAUCGAGAAAAUCCGCUAGAUUUAUCACUGAAAAAUAGUGUUGUAGAGAACCAAGGCGAUAUCACAGCAACAGCCGACAGCCCACGUAUAUUUCUAAUUGAUUCUCAGUCGUAUAUGCCUCCGAAAAAUGUAAUUGACAAACCUGUUAUUCCAAGCUUGGGACAAGAUAUACCUGCGAGUACUUCAAAAACAUGCAAUGAAAAGGGAGACAGUGAAAAAAAACGCUGUUGUAAAUGUAAAAAGAAUGGUAUUUCUUGGCCUGUAUUAUUUCAUACCAAUUCAACGAAUUCUCAGUUCAUACUAGCUGCUAUAGAAAUACCAAAUCCUAAUCCGCCAAAAUGA